GACUGCUACCGGCUCCCGGGGGCUGAGGUGGAGCCGAGGACCCCGGCUCUGCCGCGGCUUAGCCGCCUCCUCCUCUGCGCUCGCGCCUGGUGUCGGCUUGGACGUCGGGAAAAGCUGGGUUAAUGAGAGCACGGAGAGGAUGCAGUGUUCCUCUUCCGGAGACACGCCUUCCCCUCCCCCAUCCUCCUUGGCCCAUUACUGGCUGGUCAUUUCUGAAUUCACUUCUGGAGUCCGAGAAUAUAGUAUUUAAUGAAAAGUCCAUGCUUAAGUGGUGAAAAUGGCAGGCUUCCUAGAUAAUUUCCGUUGGCCAGAAUGUGAAUGUAUCGACUGGAGUGAGAGAAGAAAUGCAGUGGCUUCUGUAGUAGCAGGUAUAUUGUUUUUUACAGGUUGGUGGAUAAUGAUUGAUGCAGCCGUGGUAUAUCCUAAGCCAGAACAGCUGAACCAUGCCUUUCACACAUGUGGUGUAUUUUCCACAUUGGCUUUCUUCAUGAUAAAUGCCGUGUCCAAUGCUCAGGUGAGAGGUGACAGCUAUGAAAGCGGCUGUUUAGGAAGAACAGGUGCUCGAGUUUGGCUCUUCAUUGGUUUCAUGUUGAUGUUUGGGUCACUUAUUGCUUCUAUGUGGAUUCUUUUUGGUGCAUAUGUUACCCAAAAUACUGAUGUUUAUCCAGGACUAGCUGUGUUUUUUCAAAAUGCGCUUAUAUUUUUUAGCACUCUGAUCUAUAAAUUUGGAAGAACUGAAGAGCUAUGGACCUGAGAUCACUUCUCAAAUCACAUUUUCCUUUUGUUAUAUUCUAUUUGUAGAUAAGUUUUUAUCUCUCAAUAUAAUUUACACAUUGCCAAAUGGAAUAGAUUGUACAUUAAAUGUUUUGUUUCUUUACACUUUUAUGCUCUGAGUUUUGAAAUAGUUUUAUGAAAUUUCUGUCCUUUUUUUUUCAUUGAAUAGAUUGUUAAUAUGUACAUAGUAUAAGACUAUAUAGAUGAGAUGAUCUGUGUUGGUUUUUUUAUUCUUGAAGACUUAAAGCUUAAUCUGUUCCCUGAGCCAGGGUUGUAUCAUCACCUAAUUAUAGAGUUAACUACUUUGUCUCAGUAUCUCUAAUUUUCAAAAUGUGCAAAAAAUACAGCUCCAUAUACCUGAAAUAAGCGCUGAGCCAUUAAAAAAGGUAUUUCAGCAAGUUGUAAUUUAUUUUGGCUUAAAAAUGAGAUUUUUUUUUUAAAGGAAAAAUGUUUGUUCUUAUGUAUAAAGUGGACUUUUAUAUGAAGAUUUUUAAAAAUGUCUGAAGGACUAGUUUGAAAGCCUCUUUUAAAAACAAUUCCUCUCAUAUGACUUUAUUUGAGAAGGGUUAAUACAUGAUCAGAUAAGCUCAGUUUUAUAUGGUUGAUGUAAAACGACUGUAAGGCAGCUCAGCAACGUGCUUCUUACAAAAGCAGCUUAAAUGGUUCUCUUUUGACAGCCUACUAUUAUCUGACAUUACAAAAUUCUAUAUCAAGCAAGUUUGAGACAACUGCAGCUUAAAAGCAUGAACCAUAUAACAAAAAGUGGAACAAUUAGUUUCAAGAUAAAGCACUUCUUCCCAAAGGGGAUUAUUAUGACCUAGUGAAAAAUUAGGCAUUUCAUCCACUCAGUUACUGACUGCAAGUGUCUUUUUGCUCUAGCUCUCAAGCUUUAGGUGAACUCUUCCUGCAGAAUACAUCUUUAACCUGCAAGUUCUUACUCCAGUCAAAAACUUCUUUUGCUGAGUUUGAAAUACUGUAUUUGCACUGAGUGUAUUCCCGUGAGAGAUUUCAGAGGGAUAGUUGGGUCUUUAUUUCUACUUUUGCUUUCCUUUGUUAUACAGGUUUUGUGUUGUACUUUUUUCCUCCAGAGGGAUUUUUCUAGAGCCUUUUGUUGUAAGACAGAAUAAUAUCAGUGGUAUUAUAUGCAGCUUCUAAUAUAAGCCUUAUUUUGCUUAAUGUCUCUCCUCUCUGAGGAUUUACUGUGCACAGAGCAUGAAGCAGUUGUGGAAUGCUGUGCCUUUGUCUAGAUACCAUCUUGUUUAAUUACUUCUUUCUUUGUUGUUUUUUCCUCAAAAAAAACCUGUGUCUUGCUUCCAACAAAUUUUAAGACUGAUUACUUGUUUCCACUCCCUUCUAACCUCUUGCAAUAAAUAUUACUUCUCACA